GAACAUACAAAAAACCCAAACAAAACCUCGUUUGUUUCAAAAAUUAAUCUCGUUCGAUUCUUUGUGCUUCUCAUCCUGCUCGUGACGAACAAUCCAAGCGACAACAACUCUACAAACAUGUCCGCCGCACUGCAAAAGCUGUCCCUCUUCACCCCGACCAAGCUGGGCGCCCUGAACCUGGCUCACCGAGUCGUGCUCGCGCCACUGACGCGCAUGCGCAACUCGCCUGACAAUGUUCCGCAGCCCAUGGCUGUCGAGUACUACAAGCAGCGUGCUUCCCAGGGUGGUCUGCUGAUCACGGAGGCCACCGUCGUGUCUGCUCGCGCGCAGGGCUAUCCGCUCACGCCCGGCAUCUUCACUCCCGAGCAGGUCGCUGGAUGGCGAAAGGUCACUGACGCCGUGCACUCCAAGGGAGGCUUGAUUGUCAGCCAGAUCUGGCACACGGGUCGCGUCGGCCACUCUGCCUUCACCGGCCAGCUUGCCGUCGCUCCCUCCGCCAUUGCCAUCGCCGAUGGCUCCAAGGCGGCCACUAUGAAGGGCCAGCUCGAUCAGGAAGUGCCGCACGCACUCACCGAGGAGGAGAUUCUCGGCGUCGUGGCAGAAUUCCGUCACGGCGCCAAGCUUGCUCGCGAGGCUGGCUUUGAUGGCGUUGAAAUCCACGGCGCCAACGGCUACCUCAUUGAGCAGUUCCUUUCGCCAAAGUCCAACAUCCGUACCGACAAGUAUGGCGGCUCUGAAGAGAACCGCGCCCGCUUCCUUUUCGAAGUCGUCGAUGCUGUUCUGCAAGAGUGGCCCAGCGAUCGUGUCGGCAUCCGUCUGAGCCCCGCUGGUGACUCGUGCGACGUCUUCCACCCGACUCCCCUUGAGACCUUCUCGGCCGUCAUCACUCGCCUCAACCAGUACAAGCUCGCUUACAUUCACCUGAUUGACCCGCGCGGCCAAGCCGAGCUCGUGCCCGUAUCCAACGUUGCCAAACUCAGUGAUACCUUGGCCCGUCUCUCCACCAGCCCCGUCAUUGGCGCUUCGUCGUUCGAGCGCGAAACGGCCGAUGCAGCGGUCGCAAGCGGCGCGUUCGCAGCCAUCGCCUUUGGCCGCCACUUUAUUGCCAACCCCGACCUGCCCGUCCGCUACCUGCUCGGAGCAGAGCUCAACCCUUACGAUCGCUCGACCUUCUACGGUGGUAACGAGAAGGGCUACACGGACUAUCCUUUCCUCACGCGCGAGCAAGCGACCGCGGGUCUGGCCAAGAUUGUUGGUCAAGCAGAGGCCAGCCUUCCCCUGAGUGAUAAGCUGGCUGCCUUGCAGGAUUCGCAACAGACUGCCGUCGGCCUGAUUGAGCCCGCAUUGGCCCUUUAACAGUUAUGAUUUGUUUAAAAUGAUGUGUGGUGUUUUUUAACUGAUAUUUCGAGCUGAUUUUUUUAUAACACGCUUCCAUACGCCUAGUAAAAGUCUUCUUCGUC